CGAUCCGCCUUUCAACAGAAGAAAACUAACAAGAAGAACCAGGAAGCUUCUAUUAAACAAAACCUAACAUACCACUAAAGCGUUGUCUCCUCGUGUAGCUAAAUUUUACGGUUGCUUAUUUAAAAAAAAAAAUCGUAACUUAUGAGGAUACAACCAAACUCCAAAUCUCCAUCAGUGUGUGAAGUCAGUGGCCAGUGUCGCAACUCUGCGUGAGGUGAUGCCAAUACGUGCGGCGCAGCUGCAGCUUCUGCUGAUGAUCGUGUCUCGUAUGAGGCGUCGACAAACUUGAGGAGACAUGGAUGAUGUGAUCGCCCUCAGCUCAGAUGACUCUGAUGUGGAGAUCCUCGGUUCUUACGGUGAAUACACCACAAAAACUGACCCACUGCCGCUGUCGGAAGUACGAAUCGACAUUGAAGCCGUGAACCUCAACAUCCCCCCGCGUUUUAUUGACCUCACAGAUUCAAGAUGGGCUUUUCCAGAGCUUAAGCUGCGUAAAAGACAAAAUUCUACUGGUAUAUCAGUAAUAGACUUAACCAAGAGUGAAGCAACAGAGACCAAACAAGAGACGGAGAACUUGCCACCACAUGAUGGCAGUCUGUUAGAAAAAGAAACUUUGACCAAACCUAACAUCUUAAUCAACCGUGAUUUUAAUAUAGCAGAAAACUCUUUAAGAGACUCCAAUAUUAAUACCCCACAGCACGACUGUGGCGCCAAAAUACCAAAGCAAAGGUGUUUGGAUUCUCCACCUCAACACUUAGAUGAAAACCACACAGCACAUACCAGUAAUGGCACACCAGUUGUGAAAUUGACUCGACUGUCUUUUCUUGAAACCCAUAUGAUGGAGCUGAAAAGAUCAGGGUGUUCUGUCCAUUUAACCAAAGACUCUUCACAAGUAUCAUUGUGUUUUAAACAACAGAAUAAUGACACUGAAGCAAAGGAAUGUAUUUGUAAUUUAAGGACAGCUGUUGUAUCGGAUGGUUCCCACGAAGGACCUUCAGUUGUCCAGUGUCCUCCUUGGGCUGAGAAAUCUGCACCUGAACAACAGAGAAACUGUCUGGAACCUGCAAGUGCACAGUUGCAAGAUAAAGAAUCCCAACACCUACAAACUCCUACUGACUCUCCUGCAACCUUGAAAGAGCACAACACAAGUGGAAUUCAAACAAAUGGCUUUCACUCGUUUGACCACACUCUUUCUCCAACUUUUGCUUUUUCUUCUGAAGAUAAAGCCCAAAGUGAAGCUCUCGCCUCAAAUAUAGAGCAACUGGAAUUAGACAAAGCAUCUAGACAAAUCUACGCCUCUGAUUACCCGUCUCCCUACUCUCCUGCAACUGGAUUGAACUCUUGUAAACUGUUUGAGCCUGACCUUCUCUCCCACACGAGUCCAGAAGCUCAUAAACAUGAGAGCCAAGUCGACCCGCCACCCUCUUUUGAACAUACACAAGCAGAAAAUACACCUGAAUGGCAGCUGGAGACGGAGACUUGCGAGGAUGGUCUGGCACCUGACAGUCCAGUGUCUUUGGUUUGGCAGGGGCAAAGCGAUGAAGAAGACAUGGACAAAAAAAGCAGAUAUGACACAGACUUCAGAGCAGUCAGUAGAGCAGACAGGCAAAUCGUGUCCUCAAAUGCCCUCAGGAAAGCAAUGGCUAGACCAACUCAGGCUGUGAUUAAUGAAGAUGAUCAAAGCUUUAGUUCAGAGCUGCUGUGCCGCCAAAGCCUGAGUCUGGUUUACAGUACCAUAGAAGAGAACUUCCCAGAAGCCACUUUGCAGUUUUUGUCUGACCUACUGCAGCCUGGUUACCAUCCACCCAAAGAUAUCACUAAUCACCUUCUGCGUGGUAUUCUGCUUGAUCCUGCCUGCCCCCAUCUGCUCUCUGUGCAGGCUUUUAAUCUGCUGAUGAGGACACAGAGACACCACAGGGCCAGUAGAAGCACAGUUCCAUGGGACUGGGAUUUACUGACUUCGGUCUUGUCUGAUCAGGACAGCACAAGGAAGCAUCGAUGUGAGGUUGUGCGUAUGUUUCUGGAAUACACUGUGCAGACUUUAGAAGAUGACUUCCAGGCCAGAUGUUCUUCAACCACUCUCCAUCACUCCGUCGCAAAGACAGUGCUGUCAUGUGAUCUGCACUUUUCUCGGGUCAGGGACGUCAUCCAGUGGCUGUUUGCUGCUAUUAUGAAAUCAACAGAGCGAGGAGAGAGUCAAGAAAGCAUCAGAGAGAGAAAUGAACAAACAAGAAUAGUUUCCAUCCUCCAAAGGAUGCUGUCUCUUGCUCUGGAGGUGGACCGUUCUCCUGCGCUGAACUCUGCCAAGCUCUCCCAGGAGCUUUUCCAUAUGCUGCUCAGCCACAUGCCUCUACGAGCACACAGGAUGUUAUUGCUGGAGAGCCUAAAGAGCGAGCUGCUGAGAUGUAAGCUGUUGGAACAUCUGCUGGACUAUGCGUGCCCAAAGAAAAUCCCUCUGCCCAUGUCACUCAGCCUGCUGCUACACUUUCUGAAGAACUGCACUGUGGCACCAGACCCUACGGAUGGCACCGAAAGAUGGCAAAAGUGGGAAGAAUUGAUUCAACUCCUCUGGAUGUUGUUACUCAGCUAUAACAGAGCAAUGAAAGGCUAUCUGUGCAGCUCUAAUACUGAACAAAGGGGCAAAACGGGCACUUCAGUCUACAAGCCAGAUGACGUGCUAUCAAAGCCUGCUGUUCGAGAAGCUGUGGAGGCAUUCCUGUCUAGAUCCCAGGCUGAUCUUGGCCAACCCUUACCUCUUCAUGUGGAAGAGUCCCUAACAUAUCUGCAGGAUCACCUACUGGACGCCUGUCAGUGUUGAAUUUAAAAACUGUUUGGUUCUUUUGUUAAGACCUAUCUUUCUUUUAAGGUGAACUUUUUAGCAUUGUGAUAUUUUACUUAUUUAAUUGUUUUUUAAAAGACAUUGCUUUGAUAACUUCAAUGACCUCAAAAUGCGUUUGAAUUGUUUUGAUACAAUAAACCUUGCAUCU